CGCCUGUGCGCCGAGACAAGGAAACAAGCCGACAGGUGUUUUUUUUUUUUUUUUUUUUUUGUAUAUUUGAUUUUGAAUGACAUUGGACCUGGACACACUGGACCGUAAUCAUGCUUGGAGCGGAGAGCAGGCUGGAGAGCCGGCUGAAGAAGCUGGAGUCCCUGAUGAAGACUCCACAGUCACCUCUCAACUUUGAAACACUGCUGGAUUCCAUGACUGCAUUGGCUCAUGACUUGAACUAUCCUGCCCUGAGGAAAAACAAAAGCAUCGAGGCCUUUCUGAGCCGAUAUGAAAAGGCGGUGAGUCAGCUGCGGGAGCUGCAGGUGAAGCUCGACGACUUCGAAAGAGUGAAGUUGAUCGGGAGAGGAGCGUACGGAGAAGUGCAGCUGGUCCGUCACAAGGCCUCCCAGAAGGUUUACGCCAUGAAGCAGCUCAACAAGUUUGAGAUGAUCAAGCGGUCAGACUCGGCCUUCUUCUGGGAGGAGAGACACAUCAUGGCCUUCUCCAACAGUCCCUGGGUUGUCCAGCUGUGCUGUGCUUUCCAAGAUGACCGCCACCUCUACAUGGUGAUGGAGUACAUGCCGGGGGGCGACCUGGUGACGCUCACCAUGAACUACGACAUACCUGAGAAGUGGGCUCGCUUCUACACGGCUGAGGUCGUGCUGGCGCUGGACGCCAUCCACUCCAUGGGCUUCAUCCACCGUGACAUCAAACCUGACAACAUGCUGCUGGACCAAAACGGACACCUGAAGCUGGCAGAUUUCGGCACCUGCAUGAAGAUGGACUCGACGGGUAUGGUGCACUGUGACACAGCUGUAGGCACACCGGACUACAUCUCCCCUGAGGUGCUGCAGUCUCAGGGUGGUAACGGUAUCUACGGCAGAGAGUGCGACUGGUGGUCUGUUGGAGUCUUUAUCUUCGAGUUGUUUGUCGGUGAGACUCCUUUCUACGCAGAGUCCCUGGUUGGAACUUACGGGAAGAUCAUGAACCACAAGAACAUGCUGGUCUUCCCCGAUGAUGUGGAGAUGUCUCAGAAUGCCAAAGACCUCAUCUGUGCCUUUCUCACUGACAGGAAAGUUCGCCUGGGCCGCACAGGAGUGGAUGAAAUUAAAAGUCACCCUUUCUUCAAGAACAACCAGUGGACCUUUGACAACAUCAGAGAGACUGUGGCUCCAGUCGUGCCGGAGCUGAAUGGUGACAUAGACACCAGUAACUUUGACCACAUAGAGGAGGACAAACGAGAUGUUGAGACCUUCACUCCACCCAGAGCCUUUGUGGGCAACCAGCUUCCAUUCAUUGGCUUCACUUACUUCAAAGAGGAUCAGCUGCUGAAGGGAGACAACAACAGCUCUGUGCAGGAUUCAGAGGACAGUAAGGAAAGCUCUGAGGAUAAAGAGUCCUGCUCGGAGAGUAAGAAAGAACUGCAGAAAACGCUCAAUCAGCUGGAGGAGAAGCUCGAACAUGAGAUGCAGGCCAAGGAUGAGCUGGAGCAGAAGUGCAACAAUGCCACCAACCGUUUAGACAAGCUGGUCAAAGAAUUAGACAAGGAGAUGAGCUGCAGGCAGAAAGUGGAGGCCUCGCUCAGGCAGCUGGAGAGAGAGCGAGCUCUGCUGCAGCACCAGAGCGCCGACCAACUGCGCAAGGUGGAGAUCGAAAGUGACAGAAAGCGCGGCCUGGAGAAUGAAUUAAACAACCUGAGGGACCAGCUAGAGGAUCUCAGGAAGAAGAACCAUAACUCUCAGAUCUCCAAUGAGAAGAACAUCCAGCUGCAGAAACAACUUGAGGAGGCCAGCGCCGUGCUGCAGGCCGAGCAGGAGGCGGCGGUGCGGCUGAAGAAGAGUCAGGCAGAGGCGCAGAAACAGACUCAGAGCCUGGAGGUCAGCCUCAGGGAGAUGCAGGAGAAGAGCAGGCAGCUUGAAAACGGCAAGAUGGAGCUGGAGAAGCAGCUGAGGGGGCUGCAGGCCGAGCUGGAGGAGGAGAGGAGAAAUCGUAGCCUCGGGACAGAAACUAUUACAGACCUGCAGGGACGGAUCUCAGGCCUGGAAGAAGAGGUGAAAGAGGUGAAGGCUUCUCUCUCCGAGAUCGAGAGUGAAAAGAAGCAGCUGCAGGAGAAGCUCACUGACCUCGAGAAGGAGAAGAGCAACCAAGAGAUCAACUUGACGUUCAAGCUGAAGACGCUGCAGCAGAGUCUGGAGCAGGAGGAGGCAGAACACAAGGCCACCAAAGCCAAGCUGGCAGAUAAAAACAACAUAAACCAGUCCAUCGAGGAGGAAAAAUCGGAGGCUUUAAAAAAGAUGGAGAGCACCCUGCAAGAGGAGCACAGCUUGAAGCUGCAGGUGGAGGGAAAGCUGCUGCAGCUAGAGAAGGAUUACUCCAUGCUGGACUGUGACUACAAGCAGGCGCAGCACAAACUGGACGACCUGCUGGCACAGAAGGAGAAACUUUCUGAAGAGGUUAGGAUCCUGAGCUUGCGUCUGGAGCAGGAGAUCCACAAGCGCGGUCUGAGCCAGAGCGAGCUGAAGAUGCAAAACCAGCAGGUGUCGGUUCUCCGCUCCUCAGAGAAACAGCUCAAACAGGAGCUCAACCACCUGCUGGACCUGAAGCCGGUCCUGGAGAAACAGAACCAAGAGCUACGCAGGGAGAAGCAGGAGGCGGGCGGCCAGCUGAAGGAAUUGAAGGACCAACUGGAGGCAGAGCAGUAUUUCACGACCCUUUACAAGACGCAAAUAAGAGAGCUGAAGGACGAGUGUGAAGAGAAGAACAAGCUGUGCAAAGAUAAGCAGCAACGCCUGGCAGAAUAUGAGGAGGAGAGGGACUCCCUUACAAACCAGCUGGAGGCCAGUUUGACCAAAGCGGACUCUGAGCAGCUGGCUCGCUCCAUCGCUGAGGAGCAGUACUCGGAUCUGGAGAAGGAGAAGAUAAUGAAGGAGCUGGAGAUCAAAGACAUGAUGGCGAGACACAAACAGGAGCUCAGUGACAAAGAAGCCACCAUCAGCUCGCUGGAGGAAUCCAAUCGCACUCUGACGGUGGAUGUGGCCAACCUAGCCAGCGAGAAAGAGGAGCUGAACAACCAGCUGAAAGACAUGCAGCAGCAGUUCCAGCAAGCCAAAGAGGAGGAGAAGAAGAUGAACAUGCUCAAAGUGAGCUUUGAAAAACAACUGCAGAAUGAAAGGACACUAAAAAUUCAGGCUAUCAACAAGCUGCAUGAGGUGAUGAACAGAAGGGAGACGAUACGAGGAGGCCCCCGGGGCCCUGACAACGAGGUGCACAGGAAGGAAAAGGAGAACAGGAAGCUGCAGCUGGAGCUGAGAGCGGAGAAGGAGAAGCUCAACAGCACCAUCAUCAAAUAUCAGAGAGAGAUGACGGAUAUGCAGGCGAUGAUAGCGGAGGAGAACCAGGUGCGCCUGGAGCUUCAGAUGGCGUUGGACAGUAAAGACAGCGACAUCGAGCAGCUUCGUUGCCAGAUCACCUCUCUCAGCGUUCACUCUCUGGACUCCACCAGCAUCAGCAGCGGCAACGAGCUGGACUCUGGUGAAGGAUACCCAGACUCUAGGCUAGAAGGCUGGAUUUCACUUCCCACUAAGAUGACAAAGCGCUUUGGCUGGGACAAAAAAUAUGUAGUUGUGAGCAGUAAGAAGAUCCUGUUCUACAACAGCGAGCUGGACCGAGAGCAGGCCAACCCUUUUAUGACCCUGGAGAUCGACAAACUGUUUCAUGCCCGACCUGUCACUCACACUGAUGUGUACCGUGCAGACCCCAAAGAGAUUCCAAGGAUAUUUCAGAUCCUGUAUGCCAAUGAAGGGGAGAGUAAGCGUGACCAGGAGGUUGUAGUGGAGCCGAUGCCGUUUGGGGAGCGUCCCUCUUACAUCAGUCACAAGGGCCACGAGUUCAUCCUCACGCUCUACCACUUCCCCUCGAGCUGUGAGGCCUGCACUCGGCCCCUGUGGCACGUUUUCAAGCCCCCGCCAGCCCUUGAGUGCCGCCGCUGCCAUACCAAGUGCCACAAAGACCACCUAGACAAAAAGGAGGAAGUUAUUGUGCCCUGCAAAGUGAACUACGACAUGUCCACAGCCAAAGAGCUGCUCCUGCUGGCCAACUCUCAGGCGGAGCAGCAGCGCUGGGUUAGUCACCUACUCAAACGAAUCCCACGGAAACACCCGACCAUGAGUCCUCCCUCAGCAGCCCCAAGCACCCCUCCUGAAGCAUCACGCCCAUCUCCACGGAACUCCCCUCGACCUUCACCCAGGGGUUCACCUCACAUGUCGACCCACCGUGGAGCCAUUAAGAUCCAGUCCACCAGACAGCCAUCAGGGAAGGGCAGCACUGGCCCCAUGCUCCGUAUCAUCCUCCACUGACCUCCUCACCUCUGACCCCACCUUUCUAACGUCUCUCAUGCUGGGAGGCUUUAACCCUGGCUGAUCAAAGAUGUGCAUUUUCAUCUUUGUGGAUUCACAGCGGCAGUCUGGAGGCAGUGUCUACACGUGUUGUUUCUUCAGGGAAGUAGACUGAAAAAGUGCUAAUCACAGAAACUGGCUGCCGUAAUGAGAACGAGACUGUCUUUGUUAUUUUAACAAGAGGGAAGAUGAGCAGUAUACAGAUUUGAGGGAGAUUUCAUUUUCAUCUUCAACAAUAAAAAAACAGUAGAACCUCAGCCCAACACGCGGUGAUUAAAGCUGCCUAAUUUUAAUAUCACAAAAACAUGGACAUUUUAUUCAGCCAGCUGCAGUGACUCACAUGGAUUUGUGUUUGUGAGGUGUUAGCAUGUGUGUGAACAUUUGUAUAUAGGAUUAAGAGGUCUGUCUGUGUAUUGUAACACGGACAGUUCAGCUCAUAGUAUUUGAUUGUAUUAUUUGAAUUGAUAUAAGUCAACAGCACAUUAUACAGUAUAUGCUUGUUUUUGUAAAUGAACACAGUUAUACUGAAUGGAGGAAUUGACACCAUUAUGACUGUUGAUAAAGUAGAUCCAUCAGAUGUAAAGUAGAAACAAGUAAGAUGAACAGGAACUGUGUUUUCUUUCACCAUUCAUGACAAAUCAAAUAAACUCUGUUACCCCAUAA